AUGCUUGCCGCCGUUCUGCUGCUCGCUCUACCGUUCUGCACUGCAGAGUCAGGAUCCAGUUAUGCAGGAUCGACCCUUGUUGAUUCUUAUCCUCCCCCUGGUGUCACCAACGCUCCUGCUGUUGACGCUUACUUCCCGGAUGGAUAUCAAGUCGGUUAUGCAGGUCCAACACCCACUGGUGCCGAACCUGCGGCCAUUGUCACUGCCAUCCCGUUCUCUAAGGUUGAAAACGCAUAUCCCUUGUCGAGGCCCAAUUCGGCAGACGGCGCAAAUCCCAAUUUCAAUGUGAUGCGUCAAUGGGGAAACUUGGCUCCUAUGUACUCCGUGGAGUCCUUUGGCCUUCCUGAUGCAUCCCCAAUCAUCCCAGAAGGGUGCGGCCUCAACGCAGUCCAUCUCUUAAUGCGCCAUGGCGCUCGCUAUCCAACCUCUGACUCCGGAUCUUCUCACUUUGCCUCUAAAAUUCAUGCUGCUGCAUCGAAAGAAGGCUUCAAUGUCACUGGCGAUUUGAAAUUCUUGGCAACCUGGACAUAUAAGUUGGGCGCGGAGAUCUUGACGCCCUUCGGCCGCGACUCGCUCUUUAGCAAUGGGGUUGCCUUCCGCUACAGAUACGGCAAUUUGCUUAAUGCCUUCACGGACCUCCCAGUAUUCCGUACCACUUCCGAAGAUCGCAUGUUGGAUUCUGCCCUGAACUUUGCUGCAGGCUUUUUCGAUGUCAGAACUUACCAGACCGACUAUCACCAGGAGAUCAUCAUCGAGGAAAAUAACUUCAACAACACCCUCGCUCCUUAUGAUGUAUGCCCCAAUGUCAAUACGGAGGAUGUCGGCAACUUCGGUGGCAUUCAGGGUAAGAAAUGGGCGGAUAUCUAUCUCAAAGAUGCUCGGAAGCGCUUGCAACCAAUGAUUCAAGGAUUCAAUUUGACCACCUCACGAUUGAUUGAUAUGCAAGAGCUCUGCGCUUAUGAGACCGUGGCUCUCGGACAUUCCAAGUUUUGUGGCCUUUUCACUGAGAAAGAGUGGGAAGGAUACGAGUAUUACGUCGAUUUCUGGUACAGCAGUGGACCAGGUAAUCCAACAGCAGCAGCGCAGGGCCUUGGCUAUGUUCAAGAACUAGUGUCGCGCCUCACUCACACUCCCAUCAAUGUCUGGAACAGCAGCACCAACAGCACUCUCAACUCAAACAACAUCACAUUCCCUCUUAAUCAACCUAUAUAUGUGGACGCUACCCACGACACUGUCAUUUCCAGUAUCGUCACCACUCUGAACUUUACCAGCCUAGCUGCAACUGGUCCUCUACCAACCGAUCAUAUACCCCCUCACCGUUCUUACAUCGCUAGCCAGAUUGCACCCUUUUCGAGCCAGCUUGUAGCGCAGGUACUCAGUUGCCCAGCGUGUGAGGAGCCGACCCAUAUCCGGUUCCUUUUGAACGAUGGUGUGUUUAUCAGCGCGAUGCAUGAACGAAUUGGGCAGAUCGACUAUGCGCACGAUUGCUUCGUCAACUAUACCAUGCCCGACCCCGACAACAUCAUCGAUGGAAGAUACCCUAGUUAA